GGCGCCAUCUACGAUUCAAAUGAACGCUUCCCACACUCCCAUUGCCUCCCGGAUACCCGGGUUGGCAUUCUUCAGACGCUCAGAGAUAUCGAUCGAAAUCUCAUUUGGCUUGCCGGGGAAUCCGGUUCCGGAAAGUCGACCAUAGCGCAUACAUUCGCAGAAGAACUUGCCCAGGAGGGAAAGCUUGCAGGGACGUUCUUUUUCUCCAGAAAACACGCUAAAAGGAGCACCUUCGACAACGUAUUCCUU